AGCCGGCCAUCUUUCCAUACACUUGCAACGAGCAUCUCAUAUCAACAUGGUCACAGCAAUGGAUUUCGCAUUAGAGCACAAGGGUCAGCUAGGCAUCAUCACAGCAUUAGUCGUGUACUCUGCUGCCAAAAACAAGCUUACACCAGCCGGCAUCGCGGCCGCGAUCGUGACGGCAGGAAUACACAUGCUGCAUCCUUGGGGAGUGUUCUUCAACCUCCUCGUAGGUUUCUUUAUUGCCGGCACUGUGGGCACAAAGAUCAACCAUUCCCAAAAGGCUACUCUUACUCAAUCGGCAACUGGAGGUGUGGGUGGUGAAGGUGCACGCAACUAUGCUCAGGUUUUGGCCAACUCAGGCACUGCAUCUGUGCUGAUCCUAUGGCAUCUGUAUGCCUCGCAAAAUGGAACCAACUUGAAGACCUUUGGUCUGACUGAUGUAAUACCUUUCGGUAUUGCUGCCUCCUACGCCGCUGCUGCGGCCGACACUUUGAGCAGCGAGCUUGGUAUUCUCUCGCCAACAUCUCCUGUCCUUAUCACCGCACCAUGGCGCAGUGUACCUCGCGGAACGAAUGGAGGCGUGACCAUUACUGGUCUGCUGGCUGGUCUGGCAGGCUCUGUCUUCAUCUCAUCAUUGGCCUACUUUACUCUUCCGUACUCGGGCACCGCCUGGACUGGAGAUGCUAAGUUCAUGUUCUGGGUUACGCUGACCGCCGCUGGAUUCAGUGGUACAUUGUUGGACUCUCUGUUAGGAGCUCUGGUCCAAGCUACAGUCGAGGACAAGAGCAGUGGUAGAGUUGUUGAGGGAGACAACGGCAAGAGAGUGAAGGUCACUCAAGGAGGUAGCAGAGUGCAGAGAGGCAUAGACCUACUCAACAACAACGGCGUCAAUUUUGCGAUGGCAGCAACAGUUGCUGCUGUAGGUAUGGGCGUGUGGAACUCAAUGGUGCAGAAGGUAAUUCUCGCUUAGAGUUUCUCCAGUUCGUCUUUGUUUCUAGCCCAAAUCUUGCGUGGAAGAUAGAAGUCUUUGCCCAUAGAAUCAGACAGCAUCGAUCGAAUGAUAGAUUUGUCCAUCACGCGGUAUCGUGACAGCAGGCG